UGUGAUGGAUGAUGAUGAUGUUAAUAUUUUGCAUUUUGAAAUUUAUGAUGUAAAAGUAUAGCAAUCAAGGAAAAAAGUAGCAGGUAUAUUAGAAUAGUUUUGGAAUGAUGCAAAAAUGAUACCAAUCAAAUUGAGAAAUUAAUUAGAAUUUAUGUUUAUAUUUGAUUUAAUAAUUUUAGUGAAAUAGCUUUCAAGAAACCUAAAAAUGCUUAAAUCUUAGUGAAUGAAUUAAAGAACAACAUUUGGUCAAUCUUAAUAUACAUGAAAGAUAGUACUGAUGUAAUGGAAAUUAAGUUUACUAUUCCAGAUAACCAUUAUAAUGAGUAGUUUGCAAAGCUAAGAGUACUUCUUGAUUUUAUUUGA